CAGCAACAUAACGCAUCCAACAGUCAUGUCAUUGAAGUGGCUCUUGUUGGUAGCCCUGGUGGCCCUGCUCAGCAUUGGAACUGGCUCCUCGGCCAAGCCCAGGAGGACCACCCUCCAGGCCAGACCUGGUGCGGAGCAGCUGAGUCGCCUCCAGCGCCUGAACGCCAGGUACUAUGCCGUCGAGCAGGACGACGAGGAUGGCGAUGACAUCCUAGAGCACGAGGAGGAUCUGGCCAACGAUGGUGAUGAGGAAGGGGAGGAAGGCGACGAAACCAAGGACGAGGAGGAGGAAGAGGGCGAGGGCGAGGACCAAGACGGGGAGAAGCAAAAACUUGAUAGCAAAAAGCUGACCUCUAACACCGCAGCCUCCAAGACAAAGAAGCACCUGCAAGCGGAGGAGGAGCAGGAGGAGGAGCCCACCGACAAACUCCAGGAUCUCGAGGAGCCCAAGGAGCAACUGGAACAGGAAAGUGAGCUGCCCCGCGCUGAGCCGCGUAACCGAAGGCGCAGUGGAAGGCGGAACGGACGCAAGGGGCGCGGCCGCAAGAACCGCAGGCGGGGAAAUCGCCGGUGCGGGGCCAAGGGAAGGCGCGGUCGUCGUGGUCAACGCAGACGCACUCCCUCAAAGCGCAGCGGCAACAAGCGGCGAACGGGCUCCAAGAGCAGACGCCAGGGCCAGAAAAACAAAGCAGCCGCCAUCAAGCCGACCUCAGCGCCGUCCACCCAGGUGGCCUAAACGCCAAACACUCCCACCCCUGAAUGCAGCUUUAUAGAACCCAUUUAAACAGCAGACUAACUAAAAAUAAAUCAACAAAAACCACAUA